AUGAACUGGCUCAAGUCAACUCUCUCCGCCGUGGUGGGCACCGAGGAGCCUAUCUAUGGCCCCGAGGCCAUCCAGUCUGUUGCACAGCAGACUGAGACUACUCCUUAUUCCGAGGUGAACAAGGAUCUUUUACGCUGGCGCGCAUACUCCUACACCAAUGUCGAGACCCAGACCUUCUACAUCAUGGCAGACAAUGGGACAGUGGUCUUCGUCCAGGUGAUCUACAGCAACAUUGUCGGAAUCCACACCACCGCCCAGUUCAACGUGAAGAUUUUCGACCUCAGCGGAAAGGGCGACAACAAGUGGUUCUCCGACCCUCUCCACAACUUCAUGUUUGACGAGCACAUGCUCUCUUUCGGUGCCGACAACCUGUCCCUGACCCUCAACGAGGAGGGCAACGCCUACCACAUCAAGUCCACUGUCAACAACGGCAGCAUCGUGGAUCUCAAGUUCACCCAGUCCGCACCUGGUUUCGUCGUCGGCAAGGAUGGUACUUCAUACUUCGGAACCGACCCCAAGAACCCCUGGGGCUCCAUGCGCCAUGCCUUCUGGCCCCGCUGUACUGUCGAGGGUAACAUCGCCACCAAGGAUCAGACCUACGAUCUGGCCGGUCGUGGUGUGUUCAUCAUGGCUCUGCAGGGCAUGAAGCCUCAUCACGCAGCUGCCCGCUGGAACUUCAUCAACUUCCAGACCCCCACCUAUUCCGCCAUCAUGAUGGAGUACACCACCCCUCCUUCUUAUGGCUCCACCAAGGUCAACGUUGGCGGUAUUGUCAAGGACGGUAAGAUCAUCUACGCCGGCACCACCAACGUCGUUACCCACACAGAGGUCGGUCAGGACGAGGGCAGUGAUUGGCCCGCGCCCAAGGCGAUCAAGUGGGAGUGGAGCGGCAAGACAACCGACGACAAGGAGUUCACAGCCGAAGUGGACGGCCCUCUCGGCUCCCGCCUUGACCGCAUCGACGUCAUGGCCGAGGUGCCCGGCUUUAUCAAGAGCAUUGCUGGCAGUGUUGCCGGUACCCGGCCUUACAUCUUCCAGUACUCCCCCCAGGAGAAACUCUCAUUGAAGCUGAAGCUCGGCGACGAGGAGAUCACCGAGGAGGGAACCAUGUUCUCGGAGUCGACCUUCAUCUCGUAA